AUGGAUGUCGGUGAUAAAAAAUAUCUAUUGAGAUUCCCUCCAUUUAGAUCGCAAGAAUGGUUAGAGGAAAAUAAGACCUUGAAAGCCGUAGAACCGAGUUUGUGUGAUGUUUCAAUUCAGCCCAGAGGGCUUUUGAACUAUUCUCAUGUUAAAGCCUACGAGAUAAAGGCUAAUUCUGUCAGAAAGGAAAUUAGGAAUGCCUUGUUCAGACAAGCUCUUUUCAAGAUACAAAAUAUUGAAGUAAUAUCGUAUAAAUAUUGCAAAAACGACAGGUUAUUGACUGACAUUUCUAAAACUGAUAAACCACUCCAUUUAUUAGGAUUUUUAAGAAAUAAAAAGGAUAAUCCUUUGUUGUCAGAAGAAAUAUGGACUGUGGAUAGGUGUGGAGCUCCUCAGAAAUACAGGGUAAAUUCUAACACAUUUAAAUUAAAGAUUGUUAAUAGAUUUCUUAAAAAAUUCCUGUCGAAUAAAGGCGAAGAUGAUUCUGAAUCGUUUACUUCUGCUCAUCUUGGGGAGGAGAAUAACUUUUAUUACAAUGAGGAAUUAAAGCAAUGGGUAGUGCGGGGCGAAGAGGAUAAGGUUAGAGAAACAUUAAAUACUUCCCCGCCACCAAUGAUGGGGAAGGACUUAAAUUUUGAGCCUUCCGUGCCUCCUACAGUUCAAACUAAUGCUAAUGGAACCGAUGGAACCGAAGCUCAUUCUCCUGAAAACCAACCGUUUUGCCAGGCUGGUCCGAAUCAUUUACCCAGACGUGUUUUUAAGUCAUCUCAACUCUAUACAAAUAUCCCUGGGAUGAAUGUUAUUGAGACGAAGCCAGCUGCAGGACCAUUUCUCAAUAUGCCUCAGUCUUGCCAAUCGCAAUUCAUUCCCUCAAAAGAUGAUUUUGACGCAUCACUAGUCAACGAUGCAUACGCAGACCUCAUGAAAGGGAACGUCACAAAUGAUAACAUGGAAGAUGAAAAAAAUUGA